AUGUGGCGUGGGGAGGGGUCGCGAUGCGCGGGCGCGGCCGGGGCCGGCCGUGGUGGCCGCGAGCACGGAGCGGGCGGCGCGCCGGCGUGGAGCUGCGGCGGGAGGCAGAGGCGAGCGGGGUGGGUAGAAGUGGGGGAAGCGGGCGGCAGGGCAGAGCGCAGGCGACGAUGGACGGUGCGGCGCAGAGCAACAGCGGCAGGGUGCGUGAGCGGCAAGGGGGCCGCAGCGGCGAGGCGCGACAUGGGAUGGCCGAGCGCUGCAAGCGGCGGGGCAACGGGGGCGCGGGCGCGGCCUCAACUGGGUGGGCGCGCGCGGGCGCGAGUCCAGCGGCGCGACGACAGGAUCGACACGGGUGCGACGAGCUGCGACGCGGACCGAGCGGCGCGAGCGAGGGCGACGGUUGACACAAGGUGUGGGGAGCGCGCGGGGCUCGGGCGCGCGUGCGCGAUAGUAGGCGAAUCCGAGCAGCAGCAGCGGGCAACAGGGGCGGUGGCUGAGCGAGCCACGACGGACGCGAGCGGCGUGCAGGCGCGAGGGAGGGAGGAGGAGAAGGGGCGCUCACGGUGGCCGUAG